CUGUAAGUGGCGACUAUGGGCAGACUGGGUUAUUGGACCCUGCUGGUGCUGCCGGCCCUUCUGGUCUGGCGCGGUCCGGCGCAGGGCGCGGCGGCGGAGAAGGGUCCCCCGGCGCUGAACAUCGCAGUGCUGCUGGGUCACAGCCACGACGUGACGGAGCGUGAACUGCGAAACCUCUGGGGCCCCGAGCAGGCAGAGGGGCUGCCCCUGGACCUGAACGUGGUAGCACUGCUGAUGAACCGCACGGACCCGAAGAGCCUCAUCACACACGUGUGUGACCUCAUGUCAGGGGCGCGCAUCCACGGCCUGGUGUUUGGGGAUGAUACCGACCAGGAGGCCGUGGCCCAGAUGCUGGAUUUUAUCUCCUCACAGACUUUCAUCCCCAUCCUGGGCAUCCACGGAGGUGCAUCUAUGAUCAUGGCUGACAAGGAUCCAACGUCUACCUUCUUCCAGUUUGGAGCGUCCAUCCAGCAGCAAGCCACUGUCAUGCUGAAGAUCAUGCAGGAUUACGACUGGCAUGUUUUCUCCCUGGUGACCACCAUCUUCCCUGGCUACAGGGACUUCAUCAGCUUCAUCAAGACCACAGUGGACAACAGCUUUGUGGGCUGGGACAUGCAGAACGUGAUCACAUUGGACACGUCCUUCGAGGAUGCAAAGACACAAGUCCAGCUGAAGAAGAUCCACACCUCCGUCAUCUUGCUCUACUGUUCCAAAGACGAGGCCGUCCUCAUCCUGAGUGAGGCCCGCUCCCUCGGCCUCACUGGGUACGAUUUCUUCUGGAUCGUCCCCAGCUUGGUCUCGGGGAAUACGGAGCUCAUCCCCAAAGAGUUUCCAUCGGGACUCAUUUCUGUCUCCUACGAUGACUGGGACUACAGCCUGGAGGCCAGGGUGAGGGAUGGCCUGGGCAUCCUGACCACUGCCGCGUCUUCCAUGUUGGAGAAGUUCUCCUACAUCCCCGAGGCCAAGACCAGCUGCUACGGGCAGAUGGAGAAGCCGGAGGCCCCGCUGCACACGCUGCACCAGUUUAUGGUCAAUGUGACAUGGGAUGGCAAAGACUUGUCCUUCACUGAGGAAGGCUAUCAGGUGCACCCUAGGCUGGUGGUCAUUGUGCUGAACAAGGACCGCGAAUGGGAAAAGGUGGGCAAGUGGGAGAACCAGACCCUGAGCCUGAGGCACGCCGUGUGGCCCAGGUACAAGUCGUUUUCGGACUGUGAGCCAGACGACAACCAUCUGAGCAUCGUCACACUGGAGGAGGCCCCCUUCGUCAUCGUGGAAGACAUAGACCCGCUGACUGAGACGUGUGUGAGGAACACUGUGCCGUGUCGGAAGUUCAUCAAAACCAACAAUUCAACCAAUGAGGGCAUGAAUGUUAAAAAAUGCUGCAAGGGGUUCUGCAUCGAUAUCCUAAAGAAGCUUUCGAGAACAGUGAAGUUUACCUAUGACCUUUACCUGGUAACUAACGGGAAGCAUGGCAAGAAAGUUAACAAUGUGUGGAAUGGAAUGAUCGGUGAGGUGGUCUAUCAACGGGCAGUCAUGGCAGUUGGCUCACUCACCAUCAACGAGGAACGUUCUGAAGUGGUGGACUUCUCUGUUCCCUUUGUGGAGACAGGAAUCAGUGUCAUGGUUUCCAGAAGCAAUGGCACUGUAUCACCUUCUGCUUUUCUAGAACCAUUCAGCGCCUCCGUCUGGGUGAUGAUGUUUGUGAUGCUGCUCAUUGUAUCCGCCAUAGCUGUUUUCGUAUUUGAAUACUUCAGUCCUGUUGGAUACAACAGAAACUUAGCCAAAGGGAAAGCACCCCAUGGGCCUUCUUUUACGAUUGGAAAAGCUAUAUGGCUCCUUUGGGGCCUGGUGUUUAACAACUCCGUGCCUGUCCAGAAUCCUAAAGGGACCACCAGCAAGAUCAUGGUGUCCGUGUGGGCCUUCUUUGCCGUCAUAUUCCUGGCCAGCUACACGGCCAAUCUGGCUGCUUUCAUGAUCCAGGAGGAGUUUGUGGACCAAGUAACUGGCCUCAGUGACAAAAAGUUUCAGAGACCUCACGACUAUUCCCCUUCCUUUCGAUUUGGCACGGUGCCCAACGGCAGUACGGAGAGAAACAUUCGGAACAACUACCCCUACAUGCAUCAGUACAUGACCAAAUUUAAUCAGAAGGGAGUAGAGGAUGCCUUGGUCAGCUUGAAAACAGGGAAACUGGACGCUUUCAUCUAUGAUGCUGCGGUCUUGAAUUACAAGGCUGGGAGGGAUGAAGGCUGCAAGCUGGUGACCAUCGGGAGUGGGUACAUCUUUGCCACCACUGGUUAUGGAAUUGCCCUCCAGAAAGGCUCCCCUUGGAAGAGGCAGAUUGAUCUGGCCCUGCUCCAGUUUGUGGGUGAUGGGGAGAUGGAAGAGCUGGAGACCCUGUGGCUCACGGGGAUCUGCCACAACGAGAAGAACGAGGUGAUGAGCAGCCAGCUGGACGUCGACAACAUGGCGGGUGUGUUCUACAUGCUGGCGGCCGCCAUGGCCCUCAGCCUCAUCACCUUCAUCUGGGAACACCUCUUCUACUGGAAGCUGCGCUUCUGCUUCACGGGCAUGUGCUCCGACCGGCCGGGCCUGCUCUUCUCCAUCAGCAGGGGCAUUUACAGCUGCAUUCACGGGGUGCACAUUGAAGAAAAGAAGAAGUCUCCAGACUUCAAUCUGACCGGAUCCCAGAGCAACAUGUUAAAACUCCUUCGGUCAGCCAAAAACAUUUCCAACUUGUCCAACAUGAACUCCUCAAGAAUGGAUUCCCCCAAAAGAGCUGCUGACUUCAUUCAAAGAGGAUCCCUCAUCAUGGACAUGGUUUCAGAUAAGGGAAACUUGAUAUAUUCAGACAACAGGUCCUUUCAGGGGAAAGACAGCAUUUUGGGGGACAACGUGAAUGAACUGCAAACGUUCGUGGCCAACAGGCACAAGGAUAGCCUCAGCAACUACGUGUUCCAGGGCCAGCACCCUCUGACUCUCAACGAGUCUAACCCUAACACGGUGGAGGUGGCCGUGAGCACAGAACCCAAAGGGAACUCCAGGCCCCGGCAGCUUUGGAAGAAAUCCAUGGAGUCUCUACGCCAAGAUUCGCUGACCCAGAACCCAGUCUCCCAGAGGGAUGAGGGAACCGUGGAGAACAGGAGCUACUCCCUAAAGAGUCCUAGGUACCUUCCAGAAGAGGUGGCCCACUCGGACAUCUCAGAAACCUCGAGCCGGGCCACGUGCCACCGGGAGCCUGACAACAGUAAGAACCACAAGGCCAAGGACAACUUCAGAAGGUCAGUGGCCUCCAAAUACCCCAAGGACUGCAGCGAGGUCGAGCGCUCCUACCUGAAAACCAAAGCGAGCUCCCCCAGGGACAAGAUCUACACCAUCGAUGGGGAGAAGGAACCCACUUUCCACCUCGAUCCUCCCCCAUUUGUCGAAAACAUGGCCCUUCCCGAGAACGUGGACUUCUCCAGUGUCUACCAGGACCAUGGUGACAGUUUCCGCAAGGGGAACUCCACACUGCCCAUGAACAGGAGCCCCCUGCACAAUGAAGAUGGGCUCCCCAACAAUGACCAGUAUAAACUCUACUCCAAGCACUUCACCUUGAAAGACAAGAGCUCCCCUCACAGCGAGGGCAGCGACCGGUACCGGCAGAACUCCACGCACUGCAGGAGCUGCCUGUCCAACCUGCCUACCUAUUCAGGCCACUUCACCAUGAGGUCCCCCUUCAAAUGUGACUCCUGCCUGCGGAUGGGGAACCUCUAUGACAUUGACGAAGACCAGAUGCUUCAGGAGACAGGUAACCCAGCUACCCAGGAGGAGGUCUACCAGCAGGACUGGGCACAGAACAGCACCCUCCAGUUCCAAAAGAACAAGCUGAGGAUUAGCCGGCAGCAUUCCUACGAUAACAUCCUCGACAAACCCAGGGAGGUGGACCUUAGCAGGCCCUCCCGGAGCAUAAGCCUCAAGGACAGGGAGCGGCUUCUGGAGGGAAACUUGUACGGGAGUCUCUUUAGUGUCCCCUCAAGCAAACUCUCGGGGAACAAAGGCUCCCUUUUCCCCCAGGGUCUGGAGGUCAGCAAACGGAGCAAGUCUCUCUUGCCAGACCACACCUCCGAUAACCCUUUCCUCCACUCCUACGGGGAUGACCAACGCUUAGUUAUUGGGAGGUGCCCCUCGGACCCUUAUAAACACUCGCUGCCCUCCCAGGCAGUGACUGACAGCUAUCUCCAAUCGUCCUUGAGGUCGACGGCAUCAUACUGUUCCAGGGACAGUAGAGGCCACAGCGAUGUGUAUAUUUCGGAGCAUGUUAUGCCUUAUGCUGCAAAUAAGAAUAAAAUGUACUCUGCCCCCAGGGUUUUAAAUUCCUGCAGCAAUAGACGCGUGUACAAGAAAAUGCCUAGUAUUGAAUCCGAUGUUUAA